AUGCGACCAGAGCAGGUUCAGCAGCAAACUUCUGCUGCUGUCAUGGUUCCUUGGGAACCUCCAAGCACAUUUGUAGUGACACAAUCAGACUGUUGUGAAGCGGACUUUGUCAGAUCCAAAGAAAUCAACCACCACAUCUCAGCUGUAACUUCUUCUGAGAUCGAGGUGGCGGCUGAUUUAUCUUCAUCCAAGGCUGCUGCUGUUCUGCAACAACAGCAGCGGUACGAAAGAGAAAUUGCCUUGGCUGAGAUUGAAAACAGUCGCAAAGUGUUAAUUAAAAAGCUCAAGGAGUAUAAAGGAAAAGAUUUGGAAGUGAUACAUGAAGCUUCCACUUUUGCCAGUGAAACUGUGGAGCCAACCAAUGAUCUACUACUUCCUCCUUAUCCAACCCGCCCUCCCUAUUCCAUGUCUCUUGACAAGCAAUAUCUUUCACAGAUCCCUUCUGUCAAUAAGUCCGGUUGCAAUGGAUUAAUCACACUUGAUAACGUAAUCGAUGCUAAAAAGAAUCCAAAUGAAAAAGAGCAAAAUCAUGUUGAAGAUGGGGCUAAAAAUUCAAGAAAAGGUUUACGAUUUUUUAUAACUUCUGCAGCAAAAGCAGUGGUCACAGUUAUUGGUGUGGUAUCAAUAUUGAGUAUGUCAGGAUUUGGUCCUAAUUUGCUGAAGAAUCGUUGGAAUGUACAACGCAGGCAUCACAGACUAGAAAAUGAGAAUGGGAGAUCUACCAGUGAAAAUAAGGGUGAUGGACAGUGUCCACCUGGUAGAGUUUUGGUGCUGGAAAAUGGCGAGGCUCGAUGUCUUGUGAAAGAGAGAGUUGAAAUUCCAUUUUCAGCUGUUGCUGCAACACCUGAUAUAAACUAUGGAUGUGGUUAAGAACUAUAUCAUUUCACUCCUUUGCCCUUUAUUUUAUGUUUUAAAUUUUGUUGAUAUGUUAUUAAAAAAACUAUAUCGGUGGUUGAUUUUAUUGUAGCAGCUGAGUGAUUGGCAUGAUUAAUGGUCGAUAUUUAGGUAAGUGAUGUAGCUGAUAGUUUAUUUUUGAAAUAUGGGAGAAAAUUUCAUCUGAGAUUCGCUUGAAUGCAUGCAUUGCUUAGUAGUCAAAA